GGUUCUGGCAUCGCCUGCGGGCUCAUUUAUUUUUAACUUCUUUCUCUCUCCUAGGACUGCGUGCAGUUAAAUCAAUAUACGUUGAAAGACGAAAUCGGGAAGGGCUCCUAUGGGGUAGUGAAGCUGGCCUACAACGAAGAUGACAACACCUACUAUGCAAUGAAAGUGCUUUCCAAAAAGAAGCUCAUGAGGCAAGCAGGGUUUCCACCAGGCCGUCCGCCUCCUCGCGGUGCCAAGCCCCCCCUGGAAGGCUUCUGCCAGCCCAAAGGCCCUAUUGAGCAGGUGUAUCAAGAGAUCGCCAUCUUGAAAAAUCUUGACCACCCGAAUGUUGUGAAGCUGGUGGAGGUGCUAGAUGACCCCAGCGAAGAUCAUCUGUACAUGGGUAAACAAGCUCCCCUUCCCACCUGCUUUUGCAUGCUCGGCGUCUGUCUCAAAGAACCUCCCCCCACAAUACAUAAUUGUUCCGCUUUCCAUUGGUGAGGCAGAGCUCUGCAGCCAACAUCUCCAGCCCAUAGAAAUUUGCCUAAAGGUGUUCUCUCCAGCGGAGUGGAGGCCUCGUUUGUAUAUUCCUUUUAACUAUUGUUAGCUUACACAUUUGCAUUUAUGAAUGUAUGAAACCUUUAAUGGCAUAUAUAUAUAAAUUAUACAGUAAAAAUUGGCUAGUAAAAAGAGUUUAAAAAAACAAGCAUCAUGAGAACUGGAAUAUUAUACCACUGAAUUGGAAUUGAGUCUACUAAGCAUUUGGGAACACACAAAUGAUGACAACACACAAGAAUCUGGCAGUUUGUUCGAUAGUAACAGCUGAGUUGCUGUCUAACAAGAACAAAGUUUUAACAGCAUCUGUGGUGUUGCCUAGAUCAGUUAUAAGAGGAUUAAGUAGUCUUUCCCGCUCUACAGCAUAUAGAGGGCAAUAUAAUAGAACA